UGCAUCGCGGCCCCCGUAACGAAUCAAAUCCUCUUCCUCUUCCCCUCCAUCUCUCCCCGCGGCCGCCGCGCCGAACGCGCACGCCGCCUCCGCCGAAGCCAAGCACGCCGCUCACCUCGACGGAAUCCUCCUCUCGCGGUCAUCCUCGCCGUCGCCCUCCUCAUCCUCCUCUCAGCCGGGCCGGCGUGGCGCGAAGAUCCAUUCGGACCUGGAAUCAGUUCCUCUUUUUUCUGCUGAGAUUGAAGAUUGUUCUCGAAAAUGGAGAUACAGACUUCAGGGAAGCCCAUUGAUUUGCUGAUGGAGAAGGUUCUUUGCAUGAACAUUCUGUCUUCUGAAUACUUUAAGGAGCUGUAUAGGCUAAAAACCUAUCAUGAAGUCAUCGAUGAGAUCUACACUUGUGUUGAACACGUGGAGCCUUGGAUGACUGGCAAUUGCAGGGGCCCCUCCACUGCAUUCUGUCUUCUCUACAAGUUCUUCACCAUGAAGCUUACUGUCAAACAGAUGCACGGUUUGUUGAAGCAUCCUGACUCCCCAUACAUUAGAGCUAUUGGUUUCUUGUAUCUUCGUUAUGUUGCAGAUCCAAAGACUCUGUGGACAUGGUAUGAGCCCUAUUUGAGGGAUGAUGAGGAAUUCUCCCCUGGAUCUAAUGGCCGCAUGACAACCAUGGGUGUUUAUGUGCGUGAUCUUAUACUUGGACAGUACUACUUUGAUAGUCUCCUCCCAAGAAUUCCUCUUCCAGUAACUCGUCAGGUAACAGCCAAUCUUGAGAAGAUGAAAUUGCCCACUAAGCUUUCUGGUGCGACUGGAGACUCCAGUCGUCAGGGAUCAGAAGAUACUGCACGUCGCCCUCCUUCUGUGAAAGCCUCUCUGUCAGUUUCCUUUGGACAGCGUGCUCCACAUCGGGCUUCCACCAGAGAUUCAUCCCCUGUUCGACGAACCAUCACCCAUGAUGAUCCUCGAAGAUUGUACUCACCAUCUCGUCGCAGUGGCAGCCGUGAGGGUCCUGACCGAGAACUUGACCGUUCUAGCCGCGACCGUGACCAUUCGAGCAGGGAUCGUGAUCGCUCAAGCCGGGACCAGGACCGUGACAGGGAUAUCAGAGAUUAUCAUCGCCGUGAGCGUGAUAGCAGGGAUCGAGACUACUACAGGUCCAGGCAUUCAGAAGAACGACGUGACGACAGAAGGGAUCGUGAAAGUAGCAGGCACAGGCGCUCUAGCUCUCGUCAUAGGAGCAGAAGCCGGAGUAGAAGCAGGGACAGGAGGAGUCGAAGCAGGAGCAGGAGCCGAAGUUGGAGCCGGAACGAGCAGCGAUCCAGUCCAUUCGGGAACGGAAAUAAGGAGAAGGCUGCAGUCUCAAGCAACCUAGCAAAGCUGAAGGACUUGUACGGUGACAUUACUGAGAAGAAGGAAGAUGGCGAUGCUGAAAAGCUUCGCCGUGAUUCAUGCGCUGAGGAGGUCAUUAGGUUGGGAGGCCCUAGGUGGAGGUAAAUUCAGACCCGUCACCUGUAAUAUUGUGGUCUCUAUCUGUCAUUGUGCUGCGUUGAUCUCUUGGAAAGCCACUUUUUCCCCAACUUGUUAUCACAUAGUGUUUACUUGGUAUCUCAGACUUGUUAUUACUGAGACUAGUGACUACCGGAUAUUUCCUACUGCUCCCGUGCAUUUGGAGAUACUGGAAUUGGAAACACACUACUGUAUAAACGCAUGGUAUCCAGUGCUUCGUUCUUGCCUGAUGCUAAUGCUAAAUGAAGGUGAAAUGUUGCAGUUUCAAGUUUGAAACACUGUAAGCCUCGCUCCUUCGUUUGGCUGAAUAUAAGCUAUACUUGUUCA